ACCCCCUCACCCUCCCAGCUGCCCCAUUCUCACACUCCUCACCCACAGCAGGGGGCGGUCACACGGCAGCCGCUGAUUGGACAGUUUGCCCAACCCCACACAGGUCGCCGGAAGAAGGGCAAGGGCACGGGGACACCCGGGGCAGCCCGGCGCUCGGAGCAGCCGGACACGACUCCACCCUCUGCUGGCGUGCAGCCCUUACCAUCCACCACCCCUCAGGCGACCCCAUCAUUGCCCCCGGCCCGCCACCCACUGCCCUCCCAUAACCAGGAUGGCGAGCUUCGGACGGUCUCCCUCCCUCACCCCACCCAGGCCCCACUCCCCUGUCACCCACCCAUCCCGCCAUUGGCCCCCCACCAGACGGUCGCCGCCGAUGCCCCAUCCGCGAUGGAAAUCGAACCGGAGGCGGAAGAGGUGUCGUUAGCCUCUCGCAAGCAAGCCUAUAUCCCCCCCCAGCGUCGGUCCCUACCACCCGCCUCUUUGUCCCCCUCCGGUCCACAACCUCCGACCCAGGUCAGGGCCCACGGGGCAGGAGCGGGCAGGACAGACAGGACGGCAGCAGCGGCGGGAUCAGGAGGGGGGGAGAGGCAGGCGGGUGAGGAGGGAGAGAGGCAGGGGGCGGAGGAGGAGCAGGAGGGGCAGCAGCGGCGGUUCGGCAGGGAGGAUCAGCAGCAGCAGCAGCAGCAGCAGCAGCAGCAGCAGCAGCAGCAGCAGCAGCAGCAGCAGCAGCAGCAGCAGCAGCCGCAGCAGCAGCAGCAGCAGCAGCAGCAGCAGGGCACGGGGGAGAGCCGGCGGGAGGAGGAGCAGCAGCAGCAGCGGCAGGGUGGCGGAGAGGGGCAGCAGCGGCGCGCGGGGGGAGAGGGGCAGCCGAGUGUGCCCCACGAGGCGGCCGCCGAGGAUGGCUCGGACAAUGAUGGCCCGCUCGCCGGAUAUAUCUUGGUCGACUCAACCCUUCCAUGCUCUCCCUCAUCAGCCCUCGCGCCGGCGCCAGGAGCACAAACAACAGCCGGGCAGGUUGCUCCCUCCCCCUCCCCACCCACGCAGGCUGUCGCGCCGGACGCCUCGACCUGGGCCAGGUCCCACGGUGGUUCGCCCACCACGACCAACCAGCCUGCCCUGCUCCCCCUACCCACAGGCGGACAGUCGCAGGGGGCAGAUGGGGAGACGGAGGCGGCAACGCACGGCCCGCCCCCCACUUGGGCCACCGACCUCGGACAGGGGCCCAUCGAAGAGGCGGUCGUCGGCGCUGAUAGCUCGGAGAGCACGAUGCCAGUCCCCCCGCACGACACAGCGGUGCCGACAGGAGGACUAGCGGUCACGUGUCCUACCUGCCGGAGCACCUUGUCGGCAGAGGCGGCCCCGGACGGAGAUCAGACGGUGCACCGCCUACGGGCGAAGCACCCUUGCGCGGAGCGCCCCAUCCCAGCAUGGGUGGCCUCCUUCCGGGAUGCAGCCCUGGUCCUGAGCAUUGAGCAUCUGCGCAGGGCCAUUUUCACCGCUCCGAGGGGCUCUUCGGGAGGACCUUCGGGAUGGGUGGCCGAGCACUUCCGCGACACCUUCUUGGCCUUCCCGAAGGCCCUCCCUACCUUGCUUGCUGUCUACCAGCAGUGGCUCCGGGGCGACUGCGCCCCGGCCGCACUUCCCAUGCUGGCAUCAUCCACCCUCGUCGCGCUCUCCAAGCCGAACAUGGACAGCUUCACUGCCAUUCAGAGGCGCUUGGGCGAGCUGGGCCUCUCGGUCCAGCCGCACAAGUGCCUGGUCUACCCAGCGGCGUCCACACGACCGGAGGAGUUGGCAGGCUUCACCGCCCUCGGCCUCGAUGUCGCGCGCCGGGGUUUGACGGUUGCGGGGGUGCCUGUCGGCACGGAGGAUUUCGUCCACACGAGACUCAGGGAGCGCCUGGAGCGGAUGGCCCGAGUGCUGCCGGUGGCUGCCUAGGUUGCGUGACCCCCAGGUGGCUGCGCACCUGCUCUCAGCAUGCGUCAGCACGCGCCCUCAGUACCUAGCGCGCACGGUCCCGCCCACACAGGCGGUGCGCUCCAUCUUCGCGCGCUGGGACGAUGGCCUCGGCGAGGCCUUCCAGCGGCUAUUCGUCGCGGGCACCUGGAGCGGAGGAGGAGAGAUACGCGGCGCGGCCUUGGACCAGGCAUUUCUGCCCAUUAGGCUGGGCGGAUUCGGCAUCCGCCGCAUGGCGCGCGCGGCGCCAGCGAGCUACCUCUGCUCCUGGGCGCAGUGCGCCCCCAUCCUCUGCUCCCUCCCACAGAUCGCACUACCACGUCACCACGACCGUCCACAACGCCGUGAAGUACGUCCUUCGCGACAUCGCGCGCGAGGCGGGUUUCGCGGUCAGGGUGGAGGACACGGCGCUCAUCCCACACCUGGAGGAGGUGCGACGGCGCUUGACAGCCCAGCGGCAGCGGGAGGGGGCACAGGCGGGAGGGCCUACGCUGGCACAGGGACGGAC